UGAGUUCCAAGGCCAGCAUUGAAGGCCUUAAACUUACCAAUCCUCUUCUUCAGGAAUGGAAAAACAAAUUAGUUGAAAAACCUAAAAAUGUUUAAGAAGAUUUGCUAAAUAAAGACGGUAGAAGGUUAUGGCAGAAGACGUUAAAGAACAAUUCACCCUCUUCUUUCAUUUGUUUGCCUUAUAUUUCUCCUCCAAUGAGUGCAAAUCAAACUGUCGUCGUUGAUUUUCUCAGAGGAUCAAUGGAGAACGAAUACAAACCCAGAUUGCCUAAACCUCCAACCAGGUUGCAGAAGCAGGCGCCGGCCAGUCUUCAUCUCGAUCAACUUUCAAGCGUCUCAAUGUCUUCUGCUAGUAACGACAUUUGUUCCAAGGCGAUUCUUCCUCUCCUAUCGCCACUUCCUCUAUCGCCACAGCCCUUGCCUGAAAUCGACGGAAAUAGAAUAUCUGCAAACGGAAAUGCCGUAGACGGCGGCGGUGGUAAUGGGGAUCAAAGAGGAAUAGGUUUUGUAGCUCCUGGUGGUUGGCAACAUCCGGCAGUGGCAGCGACAUUUCCUGAUCCUUCUACGCUGUUUACUUUCUUUCAAUCGCAAUGCAUGGUAAGCAGUAACACACCGUAAGAAGAAGAUGGAGAUUGUGGAUCGAUUCUCGCGUCUGAUUAUCUACGUAAAUCCACCAAUGUACAUUAUGAUGUAUGUGCGUGUGUGCGCGUGUGUGUUUGUUCAUCAAUUCCGUUAAGAUCUCCAUGAAUACUUCCUCUGGUUUUAAGAUUUCACACACUUCAUCUUACUCAUAAUUUAACACCCUGCUUCUUCUUCUUCGUUUUCAA